UAUGGGUGUAAUGAAGGAGAGCAAACAGAUGUUAGUAUCAGAGUGGUCACAUAAACGGCAAUACUAAAUCGUAAAUGGUAGCAAACCUGAUGGAGCUCGAUUUGAUCUCAAGAUAUAACACAACAUCUGACAUAAGUAUGUUGUAAUUGACCCAACCGGCGAUGACAUUGGAGAGCACAGUGGUGAUGUAAGAGAUUAUCGGAAAUAACUUGACAACAUACCUUUUAUUAAUCAUUCCAUCUUCCCGAACCUUUUGGUUAAUAAAUCGUAUUUAGCUUUGAAAGGUGGCAUUAGUACAACACAAUACAUACAAUAGACCAUUGCUCAAGUCCUAAUUAUUAACCAGCUUGUAACCUGUCACCUCUGUAUUAACUGUUUACAGCGAUUUUCUAUUAAAUAAUACCCAGUACAAAUUCUCAAACCUCUAUACGAUGGCCCCGAAUCCAGACAUUAGUCAAAUUAAGCGAAUAGGCAUCGUCGGGGCCGGUAACAUGGGCACGAUGAUGUCCCUCGGCUUCUCCGAACACGGCCUCGACGUUUCCAUAUGGGACGUCUCGGAAAAGAAUGUCGACCGAGCUCGCGAGAUGGCCAAGAAGACGAAGACGCUGAAGGGCAAGAUUGACCACUUCAAGGACAUCCACAAGUUCACCAAGAGCUUGGAUUCCCAGCCGCGGAAGAUCUUCAUCUUCUCCAUCACCCACGGCUUGCCCGCCGACUCGGUCUUGGAGAAGAUCAGGGACGACCUGAAGGAGGGCGAUAUCAUACUCGACGGCGGUAACGAGAAUUAUCGUAACACAGAACGGCGGCAGAAGGAACUAGAGUCGAAAGGCGUCAAAUGGAUCGGCAUGGGGGUUAGUGGUGGCUAUCAGUCGGCUAGGCGUGGGCCAAGUAUGUCGCCAGGAGGUGACCGAGAAGCCAUUGAGUUCGUCCUUCCCCUUCUAGAGAAAUUCGCCGCCAAGUCCCCGGUUGAUGGCAGACCGUGCGUUCAGUAUAUGGGUCCUCGCGGAGCCGGCCACUAUGUGAAAAUGGUGCAUAAUGGAAUCGAAAACGGCAUGCUCUCCGCCGUCUGCGAAGCGUGGAAUCUUCUGCACAAGUCCCUCGGGCUCUCGUACGACGAGAUAGGGAAGAUUUUCGAGAAAUGGAAUUCCGAGGGCGAACUAAAGAACACCUACCUGAUCCAGAUCGGUGCGGAGAUAUGCCAGAAGAGGAAGACACCGGAGGGCGACCAGAACGGCGAGGACGGAUAUGUCCUGGACGACGUUCUUGAUAAGGUCGUGCAGGACGACGAUAACUCCGAGGGCACCUUGUUCUGGACGGUGAUGGACGCAGCGAAUCGACACGUCGCGGCGCCGACGAUUGCGGCUGGCCACUUCUUCCGCGUGGCUAGCGGGAACCGGGCGCAAAGGUUAAAAGUCGUCAAGAAUCUCGAUAUUCCGAAGCCGCAGCGCGCAGACGUAAAGGACAAGUACAGUAUAAUUGAGAAUCUGCGCAGAGCGGUCUAUGCGUCCUUCCUGUGCUCGUUCUGCCAGGGCCUCGAGCUCAUUGCGCGGGCAUCGAAGGACGAAGGCUGGGGUGUCAAUCUAGGAAAGUGUAUCCGGAUCUGGAGAGCUGGUUGCAUCAUCCAGGAGGACUAUAUCGCCGAUAUGCUCGAGCCGAUUCUGCUUAACGCGGAAGAGUCCAUCAUGAACAUGAAGCUGAUCGACGAGGUGGCUGCCGACCUACGGAAGAACUUUGAUGCACUGAAGGAGACUACGCUGAAGGCCAUCGAGUGGGAUAACUACGUCCCUGCUAUCAGCGCUAGUCUUGAGUAUAUCAAGUACGUCGGGGGAGGAAUGCUAGCGACGCAGUUUAUGGAGGCGGAGAUGGACUUCUUCGGCGCGCACGCUUACGACAGACCGAAUGUGAGGGGAGAAGAUCCCGGAAAACCUUCAAAGGGGGCCCAUCACUAUGAAUGGCGUCCUGCUUGAGCCUGGUGAGAAGAGGUGUAAUAUCAAAAGGUGUCUAUUGUACGGUAUAUGCGCCCGAGUUCCUGUUAUCUCGGGAAUACCUGAAUUGGAUCGUGAAACGAAGGGCCUGGACAGAGGAAACUAGGAUCCGAACCAUGUUACACGAAUUAAUGAUAGCCAGAGCAUGUAUCAAGAUAUAAUUACGAGGCAGCCAUUUUUAAGCGAAGAAAUUUCAUAUCAUUGAUGUCAGAGGUACACC